CCGGGUAGUGCAUGUCUUGGCUGGGUGAGUGAGAGACGAGAGUGGUUGGGUGACCAACUGACCAAAUCCAAAAGCCUCCUCUCUCCAAGUCCCACCAAAGCUGGUUUUGGGUCGGUCUUGGAUUUGGGUAAAAAGCCGAGAGAGAGAGAGAGCCGAGCUCCCCCUCCUCCGAACACUUUAUUCUCUCUUCAAAUUCGAUACUUUGCUCUGUACCCACAACGAGGUUUUUUUUUCUUUUUUUGCGCACAGAGCAAAACUCACUCUCUCUCUCUCUCUCUCUCUCUCUCUCUCUCUCUCUCCCCGACAUUGUCUUGUUUUAUCCUCAGAAUCUCAUAGUCUCACUUCUACGCAUUCAGGGGCUCUGUCCUUCUCCCUCCCUCCCUCCUUCGGUCUCUCUCCCUCCUUGGUUCCCUUUCAGAAUUCCUCUGUUUUCUCUCGACUCAACCCUGAAAAUAAAGUGAAACGGAAGCUAUUGAUCUCAGUAUUUUUGGGUUUUAUCAAGUGUUUGUAAGUCCAGCAUAAUGCUGAGAAACUGGGAUUUUCCUUGUUCCCUCAAUUUUUUCUUCUCUUCAAUGCCUGAGGAAACAAAAGUAUUGCCUGCCCUUUUGUUCUGUUAUACUCUCUUGCAAAUCAGUAGUUUCUCCCCUUUUUUUGGCAUAAAUUAGAGGAUUUUCUCUCAUUAAUUGGUUUAUUCUAGAGAGAUUAACAACCUAGUUUCUGGGGAGUUUUUUUGGUUCCUAGAUUUGAUUUUUCCAUGUAGUUUUUGUUCAUUUUUUCCCAGUCAGUCUUUCCAAAUAAUUCUUGAAGAACGAAUUAAAGUUAGUUAUUAUAAAUCUUGAUAGCUAUAUGAAGUUUGUGCGACAAUGAGAGAUGGGAGUUCCAAGAAAAGCAAGCUUUCAUGGCCGAGGACAUUGGUCAAGAAGUGGUUCAAUAUCAAGAACAAAGCUGAGGACUUUCACGCAGACGAUAUCGUAUAUGAAGGUGGUGAUGAAGAGUGGAGGAAGAACAACUGUUCAGAGAGGGAGGCAUGCACAAUCAAGAAAAGCAAAACAGAGAGAUCAUUCAGACGGAACUCUGAUUGUAUCCGGCGAGGUAAGAUCGAUCUGGAUGCCUCACAAGUUACAGAUGUGCAUAAUUACAGGCUUUUUGUAGCUACAUGGAAUGUCGCUGGAAAAUCUCCUCCUAAUAAUUUGAGUCUUGAAGAUUGGCUUCAUACCUCUCCUCCUGCUGACAUUUACGUUCUUGGAUUUCAAGAAAUUGUUCCUUUGAAUGCUGGCAAUGUGUUAGGCACAGAAGAUAAUUGGCCUGCUAGAAAAUGGCUAGCUCUUAUCAGGAAGACCUUGAACAGUCUUCCGGGCACUAGUGGUGGAUGCCACACACCUUCACCAAUCCCUGAUCCUGUUGUUGAAUUAGAUGCUGACUUUGAAGGAUCAACAAGGCAGAAUAAUUCCUCACUUUUCCAUAGGCGAUCAUUCCAGUCCUUGAGUCGAAGCAUGAGAUUGGGCCACGACAUGGCAAUGCCACAGCCCCGACUUGAUCGGCGGUAUAGCAUUUGUGACCGGAUUAUUCUUGGGAACAGGCCAAGUGACUAUGACUUCAAUUUCAGAUAUGGCUCUUCUGAUGAUGAGAAUGGGCCAGGGGAUUCUCCAGAGGCAACACAGUAUUCACCAGUAUCCUACAGUGGGCCUUUGUCCUUGGAGGAUAGAGAUAGACAGCCAGGCCACUCAAGGUACUGCUUGAUUGCCAGUAAGCAAAUGGUUGGGAUAUUUCUAACAGUUUGGGUAAAGCGCGAUCUAAGGGAUGAUGUUCGCAACAUGAAAGUGUCCUGUGUGGGAAGAGGAUUGAUGGGCUAUCUUGGAAACAAGGGUUCGAUUUCUAUUAGCAUGUCUUUCCACCAAACAAGCUUUUGCUUCGUAUGUAGCCAUUUGACCUCUGGGCAAAAGGAUGGUGAUGAGCUAAGGAGAAACUCUGAUGUCAUGGAGAUUCUUCGGAAGACAAGGUUUCCUAGGGUUCAUGGCACGGGGGACUCGGGUUCCCCUCAAACAAUUCUAGAACACGAUCGAAUUAUCUGGCUAGGGGAUUUGAACUAUCGUAUUGCUCUAUCUUACCGAUCUGCGAAGGCUCUUGUUGAGAUGCAUGAUUGGAGGGCAUUGCUCGAAAAUGACCAGUUGCGUAUAGAGCAGAGACGUGGGCAUGUCUUUGAGGGAUGGAAUGAAGGAAAAAUAUACUUUCCUCCUACCUACAAGUAUUCAAAUAAUUCUGAUAGAUAUGCAGGGGAUGAUAGGCACCCAAAGGAGAAGCGAAGAACUCCCGCAUGGUGUGAUCGUAUAUUAUGGCAUGGCAGAGGCCUCCAUCAAUUAUCAUAUGUUCGAGGGGAGUCAAGGUUCUCAGAUCAUAGGCCAGUUUAUGGCAUAUUCUUGGUGGAGGUUGAGUCUUUAAACCGGAGCCGAAUCAAGAAAAGCAUGAGUUGUUCCAAUGCCAGGAUUGAGGUAGAAGAGUUGUUGCCAUAUAUGAACGGAUACACUGAUCUCAAUUUCUUUUGAGGGCUGGAAAUCACAUUCCAGUAUGCUCAACUAGAAAUAAUUGGAGAAGGAUUAGAUGAUGUUCAAGGACUUACCACAAAUACGUAAUGCUGAGAUCAAACUACAAGUUUCUGAGAUAUUCCAACACCAGUUUGCCUCCUCAUCAAUCAGGUAUUUGCCUUAGUUCAUCCUUCCGAUCAGGUUUAUAUUUUGCUCACAAAAGUUAAGAGGUCAGAUUUUCAAUUCAGUUGUAUCAUAUACCUAGUUUGGAUAGUUUACAGUCUUCCUUUCAGGAGAGACAAGGUUGAUAAAUGUUUGUCAGAAGCUAAAAGUAAUUCUCACUUUUUACCCAAUUAAAGCUGUGAACUGUGGAGUCAACUCCUACACCAAAUAGUAGGUUCCUGAGAAAACGUUGGAAGUUAUUUCUUUUUUCUUCCAGAGCUUUUAGUUAAGAUCUCUUGCCAGGUACAUGUGCUGGAGAGAACUCAACCUUGGUGGUGUGAUAGAAACACACUGCUCUCCAAAAUCCAAAAGAAGGUACAUAAAUAAUUGGGUGUUCUGUUUUUCAAUCACUAAAUCCAGAAGUUUGUGGCUCACAAUCCCUUUCAUUGCAAAGUCUAAUUAACAUGGUCGUCACUCCUGGUAUUAAACUGGAUCAAGUAAUGGCCCAGUGUUGAUUAAAGAAGCACCAACUUUAUUGGAUAUCUAACGAACAAUUGUUUUCUGUUAAAGGAGACUCGGAUCUGUGUUAUUCUUAAGGAAAGCAUUAGAGAUGUGAUGGGUAGUCGUUACUACCCAAAAAAAAAAAAAAAAAAAGGAAAAGGUAUUAGCGAUUGUCUGAUUGAUACGAAGCUUCUUUUUCUGUUGCUGUCAAUGGUUUUACUGGAAGGAAAACAUAACAGUUAAUUUGGUUGACUGUCUCCA